UAGUGUCGAUCCGGUGCGUGGCUAGAUUGUCUGCUGCGCUGAUGGCAGCAGUGAUGCAGUCCGGCUGUGCGUUUGCGUUAUAUACGUAGACGGCAAAUUACAGUCGCUUUUCUUUUUUGGCAACUUCGUUUUGUAUAGCGUCAUCGAUUGCCUGGACGCGGCCUCAGGCAGCCGGGAUCAAUGCCUGAGAGCUUUUGAACUUUGCGGACCCUUCCUGCGUGAGCUGGAAUGAUUAUCUCUCCUGUUUUCCCCCCAAUCAACAAUAUCAGCAAACCAACCAUGUCAAGUUCUGCCCGCCGGUUACGACCGUUACGUUCCGGCUGUACUUUAAAUGGGUACAAGUGUGUACCCAACGAAAAUCGCUCUCUUGUCUGGGUUUUCUAGUUCCUUGGGCUCUUCUUUCAAGUGUUUGGAUGUUUAAAUGCAGAACGCGAGUUUUUCGACCCUUAUAUUUGAAAACCUUAUACGCUGACUGCCGGUUCCAUAUGCUGCUUCGCUUGAAUUCUGCAGUUUUUAUCUCGCAUCUCCUUCGACGAAAGCGUUUAAUUACGCGAUCUCAGUUCAUCCAGAAUUAAGUCCUACCGAUGAAUGGAAUAGAUGAAAUUUGAUCACCAGUAUGGCUCUCUUGCGGUCAGAAAUCGUGGUUGCCUGUCGGGAUGCUAAUUCCGCCUCAUUAGACGAACUGGCUCAACAGUUGAACCCAGUUUGCGGUGCCGCGGAUCUUUGGCUGUCCAGUCAGCGUAAUCCUAAUGGACGUUUGGCAUUACAACUACCGCUCGAUCAGUAUUCUGACGGGGAAGUGGACAGUAUUAACGGCGACACGGUUGUCGAUGGUCGUGUAAAAAAAUCCACUAAACUCGAAGAAAGUCCGACAGAUUCAGCUUUCCAUUCGGAUGACUUCAGUCCGGAGGGCAGUCGUUCUGAAGAACCAAUUGACUUGUUUUCUCGACUCGUGGAUUGCUGUACACCGAAUCCGGACAGUGCAUCGGAUCCAGACAACGACUUUCUGAGAUAUAACGACGUGAGUGACUGUCUUUCAAAAGAAGAAACACAUCACAGCAAGGAUCAGGAAAAUCAGUGGGAAUAUGACAACUGGCUGUGGGGACCUAAUAUCCGGAAUGUGCACGUCAAUCGGGUUCCAAUGGUUAUACCAGUACCAAGCGUUCCCAUGAAGCCACGCCUUGGCUAUCGGGAUAUGGACGCAAUGUCGGAUCUCUCUGAUGGAUGUUCCAUAGUAUCUUCCGAGUCAAGCCUGAUUUGUCAUUCCGAAAACAUGGCCCUCCAUGAGCUUGCCUUUCUUAUGGAACUGACCGACUGUACGGUUGGUGUUGGGAAAGUGGCUCGCUUCAGUUGUCAAUUGAUGGGACGAAGUGCCUUAGCAGUAUCCUGGUUUCAUGGGAAAAAAAGUGUGGACAAUACCGGUCGCUAUCGGACAUACCGACAGGGAACCAAGCACACUCUGGAAAUUUACUUCACCUCGUUCGCUGAUUCAGCUACCGUCCGCUGUGUUGCCUACACCGAAGAUGUGGUUACGGAAAGUAGAGCCCAGCUACGGGUGCGAGAAUCUCGUCUGCAUCCCAGAUCUCCUGAAUUCGUUUUCUGCCUCGAACCAUUGGAGAUUAUCCGUGGAGACGACGCCGAACUGAGUUGUCGCGUGCGUGGACAUCCGGUUCCUAUCCUAACAUUUUUCGUGGAUGGCCGAAAAAUAUCCCCUAUGGAUUCUGGUUUUGAGAUAGAGCAUAUUGGCAACGAAGAAUGGUUGCUGCUUAUUGACGGAAGUCGCCUGCUCAGCUCCUGCAAUAUCCGCUGUUUGGCCACAAAUCCAUUGGGUGAAACGACAUGUUCAGCAUCCGUCAUUGUCCUGUCGUCUAAUGAAUUAGCCAACAAUCGCUUGUCAGUGGAUGGAAGAUUGAAAAAUCUCGAUAGAAAGCUGGCCCACACUAAGGAGCAGAUAUUGAAUAACGCUGAAGAGAUGCUGAAUAAUGCUACACAGAUGUCGUCGCUUGAGCGGCAGCUAGCCAUCGUCGAUGAAUAUCUUGACCGUAUCGAAAGCAAAUUUCGAAAAAGUAAAUUCACUCGAGUGGACAGUAAUCCCCGUGCGGCACCGGUGGGGAGUCCCGCACAUUUGAGUGUUAUUGAGGUAUCGUAUCCUGACACUUCGCCACAGCAGCACACGCCGCAACGAACAUCUUAUCCGUGUCCAAGUGAAUGCCGUACGGAUGAUAAUCCUCCUAAUCGACACUCGGUUAGCAUCACCGUCCUGUCCAGACAAAUCAAUUCGGAAAAAAUCAACGUGGUGUUUAAAAAAUCAUUCGGCCAGUCGGAUAGUGAAAACAGUUAUCAACCGGAAACUAUUAGUUUUGAUACGUACUGUCCGAAGCCGCCGUCGCCACCGACGACUGAUGUGGAGUGCCGAGAAUCAGUUGCUAGCCGGGAGAAGACCAAAUGGACAAAAGCUAUUGUGAUGGAUGAAAAUAAUAAUCCGUAUUCGGGCGUCAAUUUGAGCCGCCGCUUGGACAACCGGUCGAGGACGCUCGAUGCCGUAUUGGCAAAUGGAUUAAGAGAUUUUUCUGAAGAAGAUCCCGGUGUUGCAACAAAUGAAUAUUUGGGGAAAGGAGCGUACUAUAAUGGGAAUAUUACCUAUGCUACAGCCAAUGAGAGUAGCAGAAGUGUAUUGACGGGACGAUCCGGAAACGCGCUUGUCCCACCAAGCAGUGUCAUUGACGAAAAGGUAAAUCGCACAGCCGACCGGCUACAACAGUUGGACAGCCGUAUUGAUAUUUUAAGCAGGGAACUAAAGGAGGUUCAGCAGUGCACUCCAAGCGAUUUAAAACGGCUAGAGUCUGCCGUUAUCCUAACAGCAUCGGAAAUCCAUGCCACUGAACGAUCGACUAAGCAGGUCGAAUCGUUAGUGACUCGAUUGUACGUCCAGCAGGAUUUCAUCCCACAACGUCCUUUAGUAUCGCCCGAUAGCAGAAAGCCCACCUCGCUCCCGGCUUCUGGAAUAUCCCUUCCUGUUGUUCAGCAGUCAACCGUGGUUACAUAUGCCAAUAUGACUUCCACACCCCAAGACUUCCCGCAGGAUGGACCAUCCGUUAAAUCACUGAUGUCACGUUUUCAGAAUGACAAGCCCAAGCCAAGCGAAAAUGGUCAGCCACGCCGCUUGAGUGGAGCGUUUUCCGAAGAAAGUUCGGACAGCGCCAUCACGCCCAGUCCCGACAAAGACCGCAAGCCGUUGCCGGUGUUCAAUAAGGCCAAAUUCCAGGAGAAUGUGGCGGCUAAUCGGGCACUACCCCGGCCGAAGAUCCACGCCAGUCUGACUGCUCGUAGUCUGUCGAGAGAAAUGCGUGAGCAGCUACGCAUCUCCCGUCCACAAAUCGGGGCUUUCCGGUCCAACAUAAUGACGUCGGAGCAUGGAGAAUACGACCCCGAGCGCGCAGCGAAGGCUAAGGAAUUAUUUCUGGCUGAAGGUGGUACACCGAAUGGCAAUAAUCGCACCGCCGACGUCCAGAACGAAUCCGGUGUCAGCUAUGAAAAGGUCGUGCGACCCAACCGUUUCCGCCAAGAUCCCUUCAUGGAAGCGCAUGAAGAACAAUACGAAACUGUACAGGAAAACCAUGAUGAAUUUAAGAACAGUGUAAAUGAAGACUCAGGAAUUCAUGAAGUGGAAAGCAUGCCACUGAAACACAAUGGACAUUAUCACGUGGCGGAGGAGGAGAGAGUGAUUCGCAGCGAUGACUCGCUGGACGAAGAGACGGAGCAUCAUGAUUCGACAUCCGACCAGCAUGAGCGCAGCAGUGCACAUGAAAAUGAAUUGUCGGAAGAUGAGCCCGAAAUGCCGGAAAAUCAUCACCAUAACGGUGAGCAAUUGACCAAUGGUAACGAUCACCCGGCGACGGAGGAAGAAAGCAGUGGUCAUGUUGAGCACACGGAUGCCGACCAGAAGACCUCCCCGGAGGAGAAUGGCGAGGACAUUCCGCUCAGUCAAGCACCAGACUGGGAUCUACUGAUUUGAAAUAUUAGACAUAAUCGCUGAUUUGCUGCACGCGUUGCUGUUUGUGGACCGGAAAUGAGCACCGGUCGCGCUUGAUAUCGACAAUUGUCAUUUUUAUGACAGCGUCCUCUUUUCACCUGUAUGUGACCUUUAAUGGCUACAUGUUUUUGACAGUUGCAAGUACCCGGUUGUCCUACAUUAUUCACUCACGUUGUUUUGCCUUGCAUUAUGCACUUGAGCGUACCAUAAUUGCGAUUGUGAAGGUUUUUAGGUUGGUUUUCAAUGGCGUUGGACAAGGAUGGUUUGGAUAUACUGCAGAUAUACGUAUA